AUGGAGCGAUUGAAGUUAGUGCUGCAAUAUUUCCAAUCCAACUCCGAGUCCAUAUCCAACGGAAUAUGCGUUAUUUUGGCACUCAUCAGUGUGAAGCUGUACACAAGCUUUGAUUUCAAUUGUCCGUGCAUUCCUCAGUAUAACAAGAUGUACGGUCUGGGGGUAAUGUUUGUGCCGCCGAUCAUAUUGUUUUUUCUGGGAGUGCUUGUUAACCGACACACGGGCGUAAUGAUGGAGGAAUGGUUGAGACCCAUUGGAAAGAGGACCAAAAAUCCAGCUGUGAUAAAACACUUGUUCUCAGCUAUGAUCCAGAGGAGUAUGCUGGCUCCAAUGGUUUGGAUCCUGAUGACACUUCUGGAUGGCAAGUGCUUUGUGUGCGCGUUCAGCAUGAACGUAGAUUCCAAGUACUUCAGCGGCAUUCCAAAUAACACUGGACUGGAGAUGGUCAGGAUUCUGGCCAAGGUGCCCUGCAAGGAGGACGCGAUCUUCAAGAAUACCACCUUUCGCAAGGCCGUGUCGCGUUAUGUGCGUUGCUACUCUCAGGCCAUUGGCUGGACCAUUUUGCUGCUUCUCAUCCUGGUGGGAGCCGUGGGCCGCAUCACCAAGCCCUGCUUCAACCACGCGGCCUUCCUGCAGACGCGCUACUGGAGCAACUACCUCGACAUGGAGCAGAAGCUCUUCGACGAGACCUGCGUCCUGCACGCGCGCGACUUCGCGCGAAAGUGCGUCACGCAGUUCUUCGAGGGCAUGCGCGACGACUCCGUGCUGCGCUUGCCGCUGGCCCGCGCCCUGAUCACGCGCCCCCGUCGCAGAGGCGAGGACAACAUGAUGGAGGAGUAUCACGGAGAGGAGCGUCUCCACGGCAUCACGCGCCAGCAGCAGGUGGAUCACCUGUUAGACGCCUGGUUCCAGUGUAAGCCCGAGCUGGACGUCACCAAGAUGGCGUACAGACCCAGGGCCCUCAUCACCUGGGAGGAUGACUGUGGCCGGGCUGUGUUCUCUGACGUUUAG